AUGUUUAGAGGCUGCUUGUUCCCCAAAGGCGUCAAACGCGACUGUCUUCGGAAUGAAUUCUCAGAUAUUGUGCUCAUUAUAGUGUAUAACUUCCCGUUCUACUCAAGCAUCACAACCCUAACCAAUCUGUACAAGAAGGCCUUCCCAUUAAUCAUGUUUUGUGGAUCCAGAAAGUCGGAGAACCACACAGUCGAGGCCCUCUACAUUCAAAAGGGAUACUUUGCUUACACGUGUAUGUCACGUGCUAUGGAAAAAUAUCCGGGAUACUCGGGAUAUUUGGUAAUUAACGAUGACGUAAUGUUGAACUACUGGAAUUUGAUUGGCCUUAACAGAGACCGAAUAUGGGAGGGCCCAAAACGGGUGAUACGCUUUCAAAACUACAGCCUACCUCAACGAUGGUACUGGUGGAAUUCCACUUGGGGGAUGAAAUCUUGCCAAAAGGCUUAUAAUGAGUUACAGGUAUUGUAUAAAGCUAAUCCAGACAAGUGGCAGCCAGACAUAAACGUGAUAGAUCAUUUGCAAAAGAACGGAAAUGGGACAUUUUAUUGCCAUCGUGGUCGAUCUGAUGUGUACUAUAUUCCUGGAAAAUUUGCCGACACUUUUAGAACACUGUCGUACGUUUUCUUUAAGCACGGAACAUUUCUGGAAAUAGCUGUACCAACGAUAUGUAGGAUGCUUGACUUGGCGGAGAAUUUUGAAUAUAUCUCGGGGAUAUAUCUGCCUGGAAAAGCUGGAGAAGCCCCAGUUAGAAAAGCAAUGCAUUUUUGGGAAGUAUAUGACAAACAACUGGCGUUUAUUCACCCACUGAAACUAAAUUACAAAGACGAUGGUGCGUUGAAUUUAGUACUUCUAAGAAAAUUGAUUACAGAAUAUAGUGACACCCUUAGUAAAUGUGAAAGAAAGUAG